AUGUGGGCCGAGGGGAUUGGUUCCUCGCUGGAUUGGUCAGAUCAUACCACCGGCCAAUCAAAAUCGGCCUGCGGACCCGAACGCCAACUUCUGAGGGGAGUGCGGGAGUCAGCAUGUCGUGCCACGACGUUCCACGGCGUCGGGCGUGACCCCACCGCCCCAUGUCUGUCUGAGUUGGCGAAUUUGAGCUGCUGUGUCCGCGUUGGCGUGCCGAUGAAUGUCUGUGGGCUUGCGGAUGAAAACUACGGGUGA